AUGGAUGGCUCAGUUAACAAUGGAUGGCUCAGUCAACAAUUAGUGGCUCGGUCAACAAUGGAUGGCUCAGUCAACAAUUGGUGGCUCAGUCAACAAUUAGCGGUUCAGUCAACAAUGGAUGGCUCAGUCAAUAAAGGAUGGCUCAGUCAACAAUUGGUGGCUCAGUCAACAAUUGGAUGGCUCAGUCAACAAUGGAUGGCUCAGUCAUACAAGGAUGGCUCAGUCAACAAUGGAUGGCUCAGUCAACAAUGGAUGGCUCAGUCAACAAUGGAUGGCUCAGUCAACAAUGGAUGGCUCAGUCAACAAUUAGUGGCUCAGUCAACAAUGGAUGGCUCAGUCAACAAUGGAUGGCUCAGUCAACAAUGGGUGGCUCAGUCAACAAUGAGCGGUUCAGUCAACAAUGGAUGGCUCAGUCAGCAAUGGAUGGCUCAGUCAACAAUGGAUGGCUCAGUCAACAAUGGAUGGCUCAGUCAACAAUGGAUGGCUCAGUCAACAAUGGAUGGCUCAGUCAACAAUGGAUGGCUCAGUCAACAAUGGAUGGCUCAUUCAACAAUGGAUGGCUCAGUCAACAAUGGAUGGCUCAGUCAACAAUUAGUGGCUCAGUCAACAAUGGAUGGCUCAUUGAACAAUUAG